AUGAACCAAUUGCCCACUUCAAAUAAUAAAAAGUUCCCUUCGGAAGCAUCAUUCACCCACAAAAAACAAGAGCAACAUGAUGACAUAACUUCCCAGCACCAACAACAAAAGAACAUUAAACCACCUUUCAAGAGUACCGACUCUAUGGUGAAUCAUCACGGAUCAACAACAGAUGAUGAUAGUAGUUAUGUUUCCUCACCCGAUAAUAAUAAUUGUGAAGCCAACAAUGAUACGAAUAAUAACAAAUUUAAUGUCCAAAAUCAGCAAACAACAACUACCUUUUUACGUAGAACAUUGGAACCUCAUUCCUCUUCUUCCUCCGAACAUCAUAUUAAUGAAGAGUAUGCAGAGGAUUCAUCAUACAGUGGAAUUAGUAGUGUAAAUAGUCAAGAGGAUUCAUCUUCCCCUGGUUGUCUUCCUCCAAUGAGAGAAGGUGUUGCUAAUAGAAUGAAUGGAACGAUGGGAUUUGGUAGAUUUGCUCUCCAAAGACAAGAUUCAAAGGAUUUACUUUGUACAAAACCUCCAAAAGCCUACAAGAAUAGUUGUCUAUCAUCAGAAACAAACAAGCAUCAACAACAACAAAUACCACAACAGAAUACAAAUCUAAAAUUCACCAAAGCAAUACCCAAUCAUCCGCAAAACAACAAGUGUACUACAACAAGUAUUGGUAAUUUAAAUGAUGAAGAAACGAUCCAAGAAGAAUCAUCUCCUGAUUUUAUGGAUAAGUCCAAUUCCAAGCAACGAAAAGCCUUCCCCCUCACUACUAGAAACAAACAACCCUACAAGAUGUUUCAAUCCUGUCCAACCAAUAUUAAUUGUAGAAACUCUCCAACAACAUCAGUGCUCACACUCAUGGUAAAACAAUCAAUUUCUGUUCCGUAUGAUAUGGAAGCUAUGAAGAAUCAUUCACAAUCACAUCAUGUUUCUAAUCAAACGUAUGAUAGUAGUGUAUUUGAGUUGGAGCAAGGUUUGAAAGAUGGUUUUUUGAAUAAUUUAAAAGUGUGGACAAACAUCUUGUCCUUUUUGGAGGAAUAUGAAGUUCUGUGGAAUAUUAGACCAACUUGUAAUUUAUUUUGUACAUAUUCGUUUGCCUAUGAAAGAUUAUACAAGACAUCUUUUGUUGUGAAACAUGAUCUUUUGGAUAGAGAAGAGCUUAAAAGAUUAACUAUUCAUAAUUUAAUCAAAUUACCAAAUUUGAACGAGUUGAUAAUCUCAAAACUGAACUCAGAAUUGAUUACCUAUGAGGACAUUAAGGAAGUUUGCUUGAGGGAGCUUUUGGAGAAUGAUAUCAAGCUGGAAAAGAUUGAUAUAGAUUGUCAUCUAGAUCAAGCAUUCUUUGAACUUUUAAAACAGACAAAAUCACUCGCACAUUUAAAGUCUCUAAAAGCUAAGAGUAUUACCAGAUACCUCAUUACCAACUGUACAAAUGUUGAAAAGUCGAGAAGAGAAUUGGUUCAAUAUUUGGCAGCUUGUAAAAAUCUUGAGAGCUUGGAAUUUACAUUCCUUGCUCAAUUUGAUGACGAUUUAAUUCCACUGCUUAAAGAGUGUAGUAAGAAAGAACUUUACAAAGGAUGCUGGAUGCCAUCGCAUUUGAAACAUCUCGCAUUUGUUGUCUCAACAGUUUCUGUAGAGAACAUGAAGCUUGUAGUGACAUGUUGUCCAAAUUUGGAGAGUUUAAAGAUUGCUUGCUCGUUGACGCAUCACCAGACUCAUGUGGUUAAUGGUUCAACAGUUAUUAAUCAUGACGAGUCGAAUGAAAUACAUGCAUUGGAGAUUAUUGGAAAUUUGAAAAAUUUGACCCAUCUGGAUCUUACUAAUCCAAUUUUAACGAAUAGAACUUUGAAUUAUUGGAUUAAGUGCGAUAUGCCAAGUCGUUUAAAAGUUUUAAGGUUAAAUGGAAAUUCACUAUUAGAAUUGCACAGAUUCUCAAUAAUUAACGGUGAUAUAUUUACUAACAAGGACCUUCCUCAUGGAGUAUCAAAAGAACAAUCAGAUAUGGCAAUUCGUAAUGUGGAGGCGAAUACGUGUUCUUUUGAUGAAAUGGAAAUGUUCUUGAGAAAAUUACACAUGUCCAAGGAAAUUGAUAUUGAUCUCACAGUACUUCUUUCAAAUCUUGAUAUUGGAUCGCCUUCUAAUGAUAUUGAUUUAUCAUUCCUUGGAAGCGCCCUGUUCUUCCCUCACCUUGAGAAGCUUUCCAUUUCAGGAUUCACUUCUACAAUGAAGAAUGUCAUACCAUUUGUUUCUGGAAUUUCAGCACAACCAAGCAAAAUUUCCCAACUAUCUCUUCACAGUCAAAUGUUAGGAGAAGAUCAAAUGUACAUUCUACCAAAAUUAUCAAACCUCAAAAGCUUAACAUUAAGCCUCUCAAUGUUCAAUGUAAUGAUCAAAUUCCCAUCAGAAAAUUUGACAAAACUGUUCAUCUAUUAUCAAGAUUUUACAUACAUGAAUUUGUCUUCCUUGUUAGAGCAAGCACUACGCCCAUUAGAAAAACUCAGAGUUUUAGUCAUUGGUUCAAUAGAUAGGAGAGCUUAUUGUAGAUCGAGAUGUUUGACAACAAGCAGAUCAACAGUUAAUAAUUAUUUAGAGGAAAUUACAAAAGCUAUUAGGGUUAGAGCAAACAGUUUGGAAAUUCUCAAGUUAGAAAGACAGCAAUUAACAGAAAAACAAUUGGAACAUUUGAAAGUAUUCAAAAAAUUAAGAUUCUUAAAGAUUGCUUAUGAACUCAAUGCCAAUUAUAUGAAAGAAAUAGUAUCUUCCCUAACUAGUAUUCGUACAAUUGUUGUGGAAUGUUGCUGCCUGUUCCACCAACAAAGAGAUCAAAAUGAUACUCAGCAAUUGUAUCACCAAAGAAUGAGUAUGGAAAAGCAAAAGAUAAUAGGCUAUGCACCUCAUAUUAAAAUUGAAUUGGAAGAAAUGCAUUGUGAAUAA